AUGGUCAUCAACGGUGAAGAAACGCAUACAAUCAAUAGCAAUGAUGAAGCAAAUGAUCCAACGGCACCUUAUAACGAACUCGAAUCAUUUGAUAGUAUUUGGCAAGCAUUAAGAUGGAAACAGAUACAAACUCGAGUACCAGUAUGCUUUAAGAAAACGAUUCGAAGUCGAUAUAUGCUUGCUAAUCUAGUUUAUCUGGUCUAUGCUAUUGGGAUUUUAAUUAUUGAUUUCAAUCCGAAUGUUAAUGGAUCAUCUUCCGAUAAUACUAUGGAUUAUGAUUAUGACGAUAAUACAACAACAAUGAUUUCUGUUCUCGAUCAACCAGUAAUCGGUCUUCCACUUGUAAAUCGAUUCUAUAUCGGUCUGGCGGCGGUUCAUAUCCUAUCAGCUUUUCUCUAUUGGUGGUCAUGGGCUGGCCGAUCAUGGCUGGAUAUCAUAAUGAUACCUGAAUAUUUAAAUCAUGUAGAAGCAGGAUUAUAUCUAUGGUCGGCCAUAUGGUAUUCAAGAGAGGAUACACUGGGAGGUUAUUACACAUUAGCCAUACACAAAAUAGAAAUGACAGCUGCUACUGUUGAAUUAAUAGCUUCCUUUGGAUGGAUAAUGUCAUGGUACAUGACUUAUGUGCGCACAUUAGGUCGUGGUUUUACUUUGGAUGAUCCAGAUACAGUCGCGUGGUUAGCAACAACAAUCAGUUCGAUUAUUUAUAUGAUUUAUAAUAUACAAAUUAAUGUUCAACCUGAACAAUAUGGUACUAAUCUAUUAUAUACCUAUGGAGACAUUGUAUACUUUGUUGGUGCUUGUUAUUAUAUAUUUGCAACGUUACGAGACGAAAACUGGUUCUGGUUUCUGCCAUUGAGUGGUCAAUAUGGUGUAGCACCAGGAAGAGUUCAAGUUGAAUCAACAAAAUCUUUACCAACGUAUGGAAAACCACCCAUCUUAAUAACAGAUUUGUGUAAAUGCUGUCGAAUAAAAAACAAUAUUCCGAAAAAGAAACAUUAUGAACCACCUCAAAACAAUAUUUUUAAGAUUGAAAAUGAGCUUCAUCGAACGGCAUUAUAA